UAACCCCACCCACGCUUCAAGAGCAGACUUCUGCCUGUACCUGUCAGUUGUGAUCCCAGCUAAACUCAUGCAUGUUUACCUUAAAUAUUAAGCUUAAUCAGGCUCUCGUCGGACAGGUGGGAGUAUCUUGAACUGUUAGCGAAAGCAUGGACAGCCAAGGGAGGAAGGUGGUGGUUUGUGACAAUGGGACGGGGUUUGUCAAGUGUGGCUUUGCUGGGUCCAACUUCCCCGAGCACAUUUUCCCAGCCAUGGUGGGACGGCCAAUCAUACGGUCAGCCACCAAAGUGGGCAACAUUGAGAUUAAGGACCUGAUGGUUGGGGAUGAAGCCAGCGAGUGCCGCUCCAUGCUGGAGGUGUCCUACCCCAUGGAGAACGGCAAGGUGCGAUGCUGGGAAGACAUGCUGCACCUGUGGGACUAUACCUUUGGCCCAGAGCGUCUCAACAUCAGCCCAUCAGAAUGCAAGAUCUUGCUGACUGAGCCACCCAUGAAUCCCACCAAGAACCGAGAGAAAAUCGCUGAGGUCAUGUUUGAAAAGUACCAGUUUCAUGGGAUUUACGUGGCGAUUCAGGCUGUGCUCACACUCUACGCCCAGGGUUUGCUUACUGGGGUGGUUGUAGACUCGGGAGACGGCGUAACCCACAUCUGCCCGGUUUACGAAGGCUACUCUCUACCCCACCUCACGCGCAGGUUGGACAUUGCAGGACGAGACAUCACGCGCUACCUCAUUAAGCUCCUGCUACUGCGUGGCUAUGUCUUCAAUCACACGGCUGACUUUGAGACGGUGCGGAUGUUGAAGGAGAAGCUCUGCUACGUUGGAUACAACAUUGAACAAGAGCAGCGCCUGGCCCUGGAGACCACCUUCCUGGUAGAGUCCUAUAUGCUCCCCGAUGGCCGGCAGAUAAAUGUAGGUGGAGAGCGAUUUGGGGCUCCAGAAGCUCUUUUCCAGCCUCACCUCAUCAACGUGGAAGGAGCUGGCGUGGCCGAGCUGCUCUUCAACACCAUCCAGGCUGCAGACAUUGACCUCAGGGCUGACUUCUACAAGCACAUCGUCCUGUCAGGAGGGACCACCAUGUAUCCCGGCCUUCCCUCCAGGCUGGAAAGAGAGAUCAAGCAACUCUAUCUGGAGAGGGUGCUUGAUGGAGACACCGAGAAGCUAUCAAAAUUCAAGAUCCGAAUCGAGGACCCGCCCAGACGCAAGCACAUGGUGUUCCUGGGCGGAGCUGUGCUGGCCAACAUCAUGAAAGACAAGGACUCCUUCUGGCUCAGCCUGGAGGAGUACAGGGAGAAGGGCGUGGGCGUUCUGCAAAAGCUGGGAGGAGGAAUCCGAUGAAACAAUUACAACAGAAAAGAUAGAGAAAAACCAAUGUAUGAACUAAUGCCAAUUUUGUUAUUUCAUCAAAAAGAUUGCCCAAUUAUUGCCUUUUCCUCUUCUCUGUUCAUAAAAACAGUGAGCUUUAUUCUACUGCUUCUUUGACCAUAAACGCUGUAAAGCAAGCAAUCAACUGGAUUUUAUAAAUUUUAUUACUAAACCAGACAUUUUUGUUUUCUUGGUUUACACAGCAUCAUCUAUUUAUUGGUCCCUCAUUUUUUUGGGCCUAUUUAUAAAUGUACAAACAAAAAGUUGAAUAUGAAAACAAGUAUCUUCCUGUAGAGGAUAAAAAUAACUGAUAAAAUCAUCACAAACAUAAAUUCAUAUGGAAAUUAACCAAAUGGAUUGACUCAGUUGGCCUUACAGACACAUUUUUCUGCGACCACUUACCCCAUAAAAACAAAUAACUGAGUCUGAAUUGUGAAUCACACAUUUUCACUUGUUCUUUGCAAACACUUUGGAGAAAACAUGUACUUGUAUUGGGAAGUGGAUGCCUUCCAUGGCCAUAAGAUGACAAAAUGAAUAAAAAAUAAAUAUUUCUAACAUUUCUAAGAUGUUAACAGUGAUCAAGCUAACUUUGUUUGCCAAAGAGAAAUCCAAGACGAAUGAUUUGGAAAAGAUACUCAUUUGAAAAAAUAAUAUAAAAUAUUAAAUAAUAUAUGAGUGUUCAUUUUAGCUUUUUUCUUUUCUUUAAAACAUCUGCAUACAGCUAUUUGCUUUAGUGUUGUCGCUUCAGCCUCAGCAGCUAGUGUUUUAAUGAGAUGCUAUCAAAUAAAUUUUAUAGGACAAAAAUUACAUGAUGAUCUAUUAAAUUGUUUAAUGUAAAUCCCCCCUAAGGUUAGAAUAAUUAAGGACGAGGUUAAAAGACUGAUUGGAUUUUGCUGCCGCCUAGUGGUGAUUGAGAUUAUUCAAGACAAAAUCCUUUCUGGAAGCACAUGGCGCUGGUACAGAUAUUGCAAUCUUUAUUGCGAUACUGCAUUACCUGACAAAAUACAGUCAUGUGUGUGUUGUUGUUUUUACAUUGAAAAGAAUCGGUGAGCUCCCACAGUAAACACAUGCUCCAAACACACACGCAUACACACCCGCCCACACACUCGCAUACACACACAGAUCAAUCUCCACGUUGAAUGAGAAAGCAUGCAACAAUGUUCACAUCAUAGCUCUCAAAAACAAACCUUCUCAGUCGGAUUAAAAACUC